AUGGCGUCCAGGAAGAGACGUCUGGUCGGUGAUAGCAGCGAGCAGGACGGGCUGCAGCCCUCCUGCAAGAAGCCGGGCAAGAGACACGUCGCUGCCCUGAUCCUGGCGAGGGGAGGAAGCAAAGGGAUCCCUCUGAAGAACAUCAAGAUGCUGGCCGGGGUCCCGCUGCUCGGGUGGGUGCUGAGGGCUGCGGUGGACUCCAACAUGUUCGACAGUAUCUGGGUAUCGACUGACCAUGACGAUAUUGAGAAGGUGGCAAAAGCUUGGAAUGCCAAGGUGCACCGCCGGAGUCCAGAAGUCUCCAAAGACUCUUCUACCUCACUGGAAACCAUCCAAGAGUUUGUCAAGCUCAACCCAGAGGUGGAUGUGAUAUGUAACAUUCAGGCCACAGCACCGUGUCUCCACCCAUACCAUGUGAAGGAGGCCCUGGAGAUGAUCACGCAGCAGGGCUUCGAUUCCGUCUUCUCGGUGGUCAGGAGACACCAGUUUCGCUGGCAGGAGGUCAAGAAAGGAUCUGGUGAGUUUACCAAACCGUUAAAUCUGGACCCGGUCAACCGGCCACGGCGUCAGGACUGGGAUGGAGAGCUGUGUGAGAACGGCUCUUUUUACUUCACCACUAGAGACCUCAUAGUGAAUCAGGGACUUCUGCAGGGUGGCAAAUUAUGCUACUACGAGAUGCUGCCAGAGUACAGUGUCGACAUAGACGUGGACAUCGACUGGCCUGUGGCAGAACAGAGGGUUCUCAGGUAUGGCUACUUUGGUCGGGACAUACCAGAGGUGGUCCGCCUGAUGUUCUGUAAGGUUUCCGGGUGUUUAACGGAAGGACGGAUCUUUCUUUCUUUAUCCGGAGAGGAGAUGGUGUCUAUUAACACCAGAGACACUAUGGGCAUCCGCAUGCUGCAGGAAGAAGAAGUGGAGGUCGUGCUGUUGACCUCCAUUGAGGACCCAGUGGCCCAGGCGUUGGCUGACAAACUGGCCAAGAGGACGGGCUGCAAGGUCUUACAAGUGGGAAUGGAGCCCAUGGAUGCUUUGAACCCGAUGGUGGAGCAGAGGAAGCUGAAUUGGAAGGACGUGGCGUACAUGGGCACUGAUAAACCAGAUGUCAAAUGUCUGAACCUGGCGGGAUUAAGCGCAGUACCCGGAGAUGCUCCGGUGGUAGCCAUUAAUGCUGCCAAGUACACCUGCCACAGUAUCGGUGGGAAGGGAGCAAUGAGGGAGUUUGCCGAACACAUUCUCCUGCAAAAACAAAAAGCCAAGUCGCAGAUUAGCCAGGACCGCAUCGACCGCAGCAGCUUCUAAUUUUAAAUCUACAUGGAAAGGUUGUAGAGAUUUGCGCUGUUGGGCGCACAAAUGAUGGAAGUAAGGCACAUGUACGUUAAAAAUCAAAUUUUAGUCAAUUUUAUGAGGUCUAAGAAAAAGCUACUUUUCCUGUCAAAUACAUUUCUUAUGCAUGUUUUUAUGUAAUUUUAAUAAAAGAAUGAAUUUAAGUAAUACACUGAAGACUACAACAGAAUCAGAAGUUAACAAACUGUGAUUCAUUGUUGCAAUUAGCUGGUCAGUCACCACUACUCUACCAAAACCCAAAGAGGACUAACACAAGACAACCACUAAAUGUUAGUAUGGAAUGACUAUUGAUGCAGUUAAAAGGUGCAAAACAGGAUUUUCCAAUAACUGAAGUUAGUAAAGGUACAAAUUUUAUUUUUUUAAAUGACACCAAAUAAUUCCCAGAUCUCCAAAAUAAAACCUGUUAUUGUCAUUAUAUCUGAAUUAUAAGAUACAACUCUUUAAAAAUUAAAAAAUGUAUUUCACAAAUAAGAUGAGGCAUUUUAAAACCAAAGCAAGCGUCUUCUGUUCUCUUGGUAAGAUAAAUGUCACAUCUUGGCAGAACUGUCACCUUGUGUUCACCCCCUUGUUUUUAUUUCUCGUGUGCUCUUUGGGAAAUGCUUUUCUACUAAGAGUUUUAUGAAGCCAGCAGCCAGUCACCUAGUCUGGUCUGAGUCUACCGAGGGUACCAAAAUCCACCUACAGCAGUCAAAGUUCACCACAUACCGCUUCAUGGCUAACUUCCAAACAAUAGAGGGGUAUCGAUCUUUUCAUCUAAUUCUUGGUUUAAAAGCAAAUAAGAGCAUAUUUCUGUAACCCGUGGUCAUAUGUCCAUAAUGCACCUGAAGGCAACGUCAGGCCAACGUUGUGUCUUCGUGCUUUUCGCUGCACGGUAACUUCACAGGUCUGAAUGGAAGAUUAGUUAAGAGAUUUGAAGGUUGCCCGUUAGACCAGUUUAUUGUUAUGGAGCUGGUUUUCAGGUCAACAGUGGGGGCGGUUUCUAUGGUGCAGGUCCUGCAUUUACAGUAAUAUUCAAUAUAAAAUAUGCUUAAUUUAAUUCAGCUUAAUAGUUAGUAUUUGUCACAUUAAUGAUUGUUGCAUAAUUGCAGUGUUUGUGUCAUUCAAUCUUUUUAUUUGAUUAUUGUGUAUCACAAGAGAUUCUGACGUGUGAAUAAGUUUCAAUGAAGCCGAAGAUGAUUUAAA